AUGAAAAAAAUCUUCCUAGCGACACUCUCGCUUCUAGUGAUUGCCAAUCUCGUGGAGGGCUUUGACUUCCACGAGGCCGAGCUGGAGACAGAGGAGCGGCUGUGGGACCUCUACGAGCGGUGGCGGAGCCACCAUACGGUGUCGAGGAGCCUUGACGACAAACACAAGCUUUACAACGUGUUCAAGGCCAAUGCACGUUACAUCAACGAUUUCAACAAGAUGGAUAAGCCCUACAAGCUUGAACUCAACAAGUUUGCCGACAUGACCAACCACGAGUUUCGAAGCAUCUACACCGGUUUGAAGGUGAAGCACGGUCGAAUAUUCCAAGGGGACCCACUAGCGAAUGGAAGCUUCAUGCACGAGAAUGUCCAGAGUGUUCCGACCUCUAUUGAUUGGAGGAAGAAAGGGGCAGUCAACCCCGUGAAAGAUCAAGGCAAAUGUGGCAGUUGUUGGGCAUUUUCGGCGGUGGUUGCAGUUGAGGGGAUAAACUACAUCAAGACAAAGAAAUUAGUGGCUUUGUCUGAACAACAACUUGUUGAUUGCGACAAUAACCUAAACCAGGGAUGUGAUGGAGGGCUAAUGGAUAUGGCAUUUGAUUACAUAGAAAUUAAUGGAGGAUUAACAACUUCGAAGAUAUAUCCCUACAAGGCCAAAAAUGGAAAAUGUGAUACGAAAAAGGAAAAGGCUACAGUGGUAUCCAUUGAUGGACACAAAAGUGUGGCCGUUAACAACGAAGGCGCCCUGUUUAAAGCAGUAGCUAACCAGCCCGUCUCUGUGGCCAUUGAAGCCGGAGGCCCUGAUUUCCAGUUCUAUUCAAAGGGGAUUUAUACAGGGAAAUGUGGCACGGAGCUGGACCACGGGGUGGCAAUUGUAGGGUAUGGGAAGACAGUCGAUGGAAUCAAGUAUUGGAUAGUGAGGAACUCGUGGGGAGCGGAUUGGGGCGAGAAAGGUUACGUUAGAAUGAAACGUGGGAUUAAGGAUAAACAUGGACAGUGUGGGAUUGCGAUGGAAGCAUCUUAUCCCAUCAAAAAGUCGGCCAACAAUCCCGGGGACGAUGAAAUGACUACUCCAACAGAGGCUGGAGAGCUUGUACUACGCCACUCAUGCUAG